GAAACCCAGUGCACGCUAUGGGCAAGCAAUGGCAUCCGCAGUGUUUUCAAUGCGACAAAUGUGCGGUUCCUCUCAGUCCUGACAAUUAUUUUGAGAAGAAUGGCAAACCCUAUUGCGAAGCCGAUUACCAUAAGCUAUUUUCGCCCAAAUGCGAGGGCUGUCACCUCCCUAUCAAAGAUGGUAAUUUUGUCAACGCUUUGGGCCAUAACUGGCACCCGAAGUGCUUCAACUGCGCUCAAUGUGGCAAAAAUUUGGGCCCAAAUAAUUUCUAUGAGAAGAAUGGCAAACCUUAUUGUAAGGAUGAUUACCAUAAGUUGUUUUCUCCGAAAUGUGCUGGGUGCUAUGAACCCAUCACUGAUAAUAAUUACAUAAAAGCGAUGGGUAAGGACUGGCACCCGGAUUGCUUCAAAUGCAAUACAUGUGAAGUGCCUUUGAGUCCGAAUAACUUCUACGAGAAGGCGGGAAAGCCUUAUUGUGAACGAGAUUAUCACAAACUAUUCUCCCCUCCCUGUGCUGGUUGUGAUCAACCAAUUAAAGAUCUGAAAACAAUGGUUAAGGCGUUGGGUAAGAAUUGGCACCCGGAGUGCUUCCAGUGCCACAAAUGCCAUAAAAAAUUAUCGCCAACUGAUUUCAUGGAGAAAAGUGGUAAACCCUAUUGUAAGGAAGAUUAUCACAAACUAUUUUCGCCCAAAUGUUCGGAAUGUAAUCUUCCGAUUGAAGGAACCCCAUUGGUAGCGAUGGGCCGUCAGUGGCACCCGAACUGCUUCAAGUGCUGUCAAUGCGCGACACCUUUGAGUCCCAAUAAUUUCAAAGAAAAGGAUGGAAAGCCUUAUUGUAAUAAACACUUUCAAGAGAUGUUUUUGCCUAAAUGUUACGGAUGUAAACUACCCAUCGCUGAUAAAGUACUGAAAGCGUUGGGAAAGACAUGGCAUCCCGAGUGUUUCGCUUGCGUUCAGUGCCACAAACCGUUGGGAACCGAUGGAUACCGUGAAAAGGAUGGUCUGCCGUAUUGUGACUUUGACUAUCACGCGCUCUUCUCGCCCAAGUGUGCCGCAUGUCAUGCGCCCAUUCGGGAGAAAUGUUUGACUGCGAUGGGCAGAACGUGGCACCCUGAACAUUUCCUAUGCCAACACUGUAAUAAACAGUUGAGUGACGAUCCGGAGGGUUAUCACGAACACAACGACAAGUCUUAUUGCAGGCCCUGUUAUGUAGAGCUCUUCGCUCCGUAUUGUCGCGCCUGUAAUAAACCGAUUGUCGACAAGAUCUGUGUGACAGCAUUGGACGCCAAAUGGCAUCCCGACUGCUUUGUCUGCAGAGACUGUCACUGUCCGCUCAAAACUGGCAAUUACUUUGAGUUUGAAGGCGAGCCGUAUUGUGAGGACCACUUCAGGUGUAAGAUGUGUCCCGAUUGCGUCAAACUA